AUGGCCAUGACUUCGAAACUUCAGCUUUACAGGAGAUACAGACCAGCCAAUACAUCGACUAUAAUGGAGGACAGGGAGAGCACGCCAGAACUGAAGAACAAUCCACAGGAUCUAAUGCCAGUACUAGAGUUGGAUUAUCCGGCGGCGCAGUGGAACGAGCCAUAUUUAUCCACGAAUCUGACAGCGGAUCAGAUAGAGGAAGCAGCAAUAACAGAUUCGGAAGAUUCAUCAGCCAUAUUGGGGACGAUCUGGGAUCCUAUACCAUCGAACUUCCUGGACGGAAUGGACCAGCCCACUAUGACGUUUCUAGAUUGGAUGGAUAUGAAUCAGACCAGGCAGGCGACAAAGAAGGUGGAAGACCAGAAUGUAUGGGAGAUUCUGGAAUACGACUUUGGAGAAGAGAUAGCAUCAUCAGUCAAUCAGAAGGCAUACCAGGGAGUCCAACGCCAGACACCAGAAACAGCGAUGACAAUAGCGACAACUCCGACGGAAUCACUCCAUAUACCAUCUGGAUUGGAGAAGAUGAACAAUCCGACCAUGAUAGCCCUUUCUAUGGAGGAAAUCGACCAGAUAGUGAAUACCCUAUCUAUGAGAUCGAAUGCAAUGGAAGGAUCAUUAAGUACGUUGUUGAACAAGGAGAGCCCUGGUUCUGUCUCGGAACAGAAGAAGAAAAAGACUGGAACGAACAUCUCUGGCGAACUGGAGAGUUACAAAUACCUGGAUUUAACAACCCAAACGACACCUACAAUGAUGAUGACGAUGACGGCAGAAGUUGAAGACUGCCCCAUCAAUCCACAAAGCCCCACAGCCCAUCCAAUAGAAAAAGAAUGCCCACAGAAUGAAUCACUAACCAGUCCACGGAAAUACCCGGCUGAUGAAAUACAUCUGUUAGAGGAAGAAAAUCCAUGGAAAACUAUUAGUAAUGGAAGAGGUGAAGCGCGAACAUCGGAGAAAAGAAAACGGGAUGGCAAAGAGGAAAAGUCUGCGAGCGGGGGAUCAAUGACCGCCGCAGCGAAAAUGAGAGUGUAUAGGAAAAAGGAGAGGGAGAGAAAAGGAGAAAAAGGGAAGAAAUGGAAAAAGUUGUGGAAAGAGACGAGAAAGGAGUUAGAUAUGGAAAUAAUGGCGAGAGGAGUGAAGGGAGUUUCUAAGGAGAUGUAUUAUUUAGUGGGAAAGAUGUUAGCGAGAUAUGAAAAGGGUAAAAAGGAUCUAAUGCAGCAUCAGAUCAAAACUGCGAAAAGAAUAUAUUUAAUAUAUGGGGAAGAAGAGGAUUUAGAGGACGGGACGAAUAUCCGAAAAAUCGCUAGAGUAGGAAAAUUAGACCUUUCUAAAUUAGCCAGAAAAGAAUGG